GAAUGCUGUCGAACCGGACAUAUAUCUCCUUUUGCAAUCUGGAAAAGAUGUGGGAAGAGGGAAGAUGUGCGAGGCGAGGCAGGUAUAUAAGCUGGUUGCAAGCUGACAUCUUGAAGAAGGCUGUCAGGAAGUUUCUGAGAGCUAGCUGCAGAACCUGCACGUGGAGCCCCAAGAAGGGAAGUGUCGGGCUGAGAUGGCGUCUUCCCGUGCUCCCAGACUCCUCCGGGAGGCGCUGCCGGAGAGAAGCGAGCUUCAGGAGAAGUGCAAAGCGGACGUGACCCUGGAUCCGGACACGGCGAACACCUGGCUCCACCUGUCUGCGGACGGGAAGUCCAUGACAUCUGGAGACUUCCCCAAUCCCGUGCCUCCCAACCCCAAGAGAUUUUUGAAGAAUCCCUGUGUUCUGGGUGCCCAGGGGUUCACCUCGGGGAGACAUUACUGGGAGGUGGAGGUUGAGGAUAAGCGGGGGUGGGCCGUGGGAGUCGCCAUAGAGUCGGUAAAGAGGAAUGAACGGCUCUCUCUUAAGCCGGAGGAGGGGAUCUGGUGUCUUGAUUGCAAGUGGCCUCGGACGGCAGCAGAUGGCUCCUCUGAUGUGUCCUCACAGAGGUGUGUGAAGUCUGGGAAGAUCGGGGUUUGUCUGGAUUAUGAAGGCGGGUGGGUCGGAUUUUAUAAAGAUGACCAUACGACUGUGAUGUUGGCCUCCUUCAACGAGGAAGUCGUUUUCCCCUUCUUUUACUUGGAAAACAUGCUUAGCCUCACAAUCUCCCCCUGAAGCACAUUGGGACUCGACCUCCCUCCCCCCCGGAAAAGUAUCCCUCUAGCCAUUUUCUGUACAGCCUGCCCUAGCCUCUGUGCCCUUAUCUACACACAGCCUUUGAACCAGCAUCUGAUUUAAUUUGAACCGGAGCACACACCUGUGUGGAUGCUCUUAAUUAGGCUCCAAAGUUUAAGGGCUUGUCUACAUUCGAUGGGGAAUCGAGGCUGCAGUGAUCGAUCCACCGGCGGUUGAAUUAUUGCGUCUGCUUAGAUGUGAUAAAUCAACCUCCGAGUGCUCUCCCGACGAUUCUGGCACUCCACCAGGGUGAGAGGAGUAGCUGGAGUUGACAGGCAAACAGCCUCCACCCACCUUACUGCCUGGAAGACACCGUGAUAAGUACAUCGAGUUCAGCUAUGCUAUUCGCAUUGCCGAAAGUGCAGGUUAGAUCAGCUGGGGGAAGAAGGGGUCAGUGUAAUGUAGACUAGGCCUAAGUGUUGCCAGCACUUGUAGUUUUCUCAUGUGUGUCAUAAUAUUUGAUUUUUUCUCUUAAAGCCCCAGUUCCUGGAGUCCUGUGAUUCCCUCACACUUAUUAAGCCAAGCAAUUAAAAUCAUAACA